ACUAAAGGGUUUACAGCGACACGUGAAUUUAUCUAUGUGAUAAGUCGUAUCAAAGAUAGUUGAAUUGUGACAGUGAAACAGUGCGAACGCAUUUUACGUACAUGUAGUUAUGAUAUGAAAUAAUAAAUCUAUGAAUUUGUAACAAAUCGCGAUGAAAACAGCAAGGAAAAAGUACCAAGUCAACGAUUUGACGAACAUCGAAUUUACCAAAAAUGCCUCAACAAGCGAUAAAGACAGCUCCUCUGACUCAGAAGCGCGAACAGAAGAAUUACCUAGCAUUUCAUUUUUCACACUAUUCAGGUUCGCGACAACCAAAGACAAAGUUUUUAUAGCUUUUGGAAUAAUAUUUUCAAUAAUAUGUGGAAUAACAACACCUCUGAACACACUUCUGUUUGCAUCUCUACUUCAAAGUAUGGUGAACUUCGGUAUUUCCGUUAUAGUUGGCAAUCCGCAGAACGACGAAUUUUUGAAGGACUUAAGUUUCUUCGCUAUCUACAACUGCUUGCUUGGAGUUGCACUUGUCUUAUUAUCUUAUGGCGCGACAGUACUUAUGAAUAUAGCUGCUUUUAAUCAGGUUUAUAAAAUUCGUCAGGAAUACUUAAAAGCAGCAUUAAACCAGGACUUUGAAUACUUUGAUAUGCAUCAGACUGGAGAUUUUGCAUCAAAAAUGACAGAUGAUGUGGUGAAACUCGAAGAUGGAAUAGGAGAGAAGCUAGGUACAUUCAUUUACUACCAGUCGUCGUUCGUCAGUUCUGUCGCCAUGGCGCUGAUUAAAGGAUGGAAAUUGGCAUUGCUUUGCUUAAUCACCUUCCCCGUUACACUGUUCCUGGUUGGAAUGGCAGGUUUGAUUGCUUCACGACUUUCCAAAAAGGAGGCAAUCUCAUCCGGCAAAGCCGGCGCAGUCGCUGAAGAAGUUUUGUCGGCAAUGCGCACAGUAUACGCUUUCAGUGGCCAAGAGAAAGAAAUAGAGAGAUAUAAAACACAUCUAGAUGAAUCUCGAAAAAUCAAUAUUAAAAAAGGAUUCUUCACUGGACUAGCGAUGGGUUUUCUAUUCUUUUGUAUAUUUUGCUCUUACGCACUUUCCUUCUGGUUCGGCUACAAGCUUAUGGUUGAUGAGCCAGAAAACUAUGACGUCAAUACUAUGAUUGCCGUAUUUUUCGGUGUAAUGAUGGGUUCAGCUAAUUUCGGAAUCUCGUCUACAUUGAUGGAGGUGUUCGGAAUAGCGCGCGGCGCUGGGGCUCAGAUCUUCCACCUCAUAGACAUGGUACCCUCCAUCAACCCGCUCCUCAACCGAGGAGUUGUUCCCGGCACUGCUGAGGGCCAUAUUGAAUUAAAGGAUGUUUAUUUCCACUAUCCAUCGAGACCAGAUGUCCCUGUUUUAAAAGGCGUAAGCUUGAGCGUAAAGAGAGGUCAGUCGGUGGCGCUAGUGGGCCACUCGGGGUGUGGCAAGUCCACCAUCAUACAGCUCAUAUCGCGCUACUACGACGUAGUGGACGGUAAUGUUUACGUGGAUGACAAAGACGUGCGCGAUCUGUCUGUGCGCUGGCUGCGGCAGCAGGUGGGCCUGGUUGGGCAGGAGCCGGUUCUGUUCAAUACCACGGUGCGCGAGAACAUCCGCUACGGCCGCGCAGACGCUACUGAUGACGAGAUAGAGGCCGCCGCGAAACAAGCUAACGCACAUCACUUCAUUGUGAAGCUGCCCGCGGGUUACAACACGUUGGUAGGUGAGCGCGGGGCUUCCCUGUCGGGUGGGCAAAAGCAGCGGAUCGCGAUAGCACGUGCGCUGAUCCGCAACCCCCGCAUACUGCUACUUGAUGAGGCCACCAGCGCACUAGAUACAGCUUCAGAGUUUAAAGUACAAGCAGCGCUAGACAGGGCGCAAAAAGGUCGCACAACGAUUGUCGUCGCGCACAGAUUGUCAACCAUCAGGAAUGUAGAUUUAAUCUACGUGUUUAAAAGUGGCAAAAUCAUCGAGCAUGGUAACCACGAAGAAUUGAUGAAAAAUAAAGGGCAUUAUUAUGAUAUGGUAACAAUACAGUCAUCGCCGGAAGGAGAGGAUACUUCGGAUUCAUCAAAGAUCGUAGAGAAGGAUGUAGCAGACAUAACCGAGGAAGAUGAAGAUGAAAAAAUACCAACUAAAUUAGAUGAAAAAGAAGACAUCGAUAAGGAGAAAGAGAUAUCAUUUAGUAAAGUGAUUCGUCUAAACUCACCUGAAUGGAAGUCGAUUACAGCGGCCAGCGUUUGUUCGAUACUAAGUGGUAGUGGCAUGCCUCUUCUGGCUGUUAUUUUGGGAGAUUUCUUAGGAGUUCUGUCUAAUCCAAACGCAGACGAGGUGGUUGCAGAAGUACGAAAAUUUGCGCUUAUUUUCGUCGGAUUAGGCGUAUUGACAGGAAUUACAAACUUUAUCACGGUAUUCAUGUACGGAAUAGCCGGAGAACAUCUUACAGCUCGUUUAAGAUUACUAAUGUUUGAUAAACUCCUCCAACAAGAGAUCGCGUUCUUUGACGACAAUAACAAUUCCACUGGAGCUCUUUGCGCACGCCUUGCCGGGGAGGCAGCGACUGUUCAAGGGGCUACCGGACAAAGAAUUGGAACUGUACUGCAAGCAGCCGGAACGUUCACUUUUGCUUUAACCCUUUCGCUGAUAUAUGAAUGGAGAGUAGGUUUGGUAGCAAUGGCGUUCGUUCCAGUUAUAUUUGCCAUUCUAUACAAACAAGGUCGAAUGGUGAGCGCCGAGUCAUUUGGUACGGCACAAACAAUGCAGAGUAGUUCAAAGUUGGCAGUGGAAGCGGUGGCUAAUGUUCGUACAGUCGCAUCUCUCGGUAGAGAAGAGACCUUUGUGAACGAAUACGCUCUCCAGCUAAUGCCAGCGUUGGUUAUUGCCAAAAGAACAACUCACUGGCGAGGGAUCGUGUUUGGACUCUCCAGGGGUCUCUUUAACUUUGUAUAUUCCGCUGCAAUGUACUACGGAGGGACGCUCAUGGUUUAUAACAACGUUAAUUACUCUGUUGUACUGAAGUCUGCUCAAGCAUUACUAAUGGGAGCAUCUUCAGCAGCCCAAGCAUUUGCCUUUGCUCCCAAUUUCCAAAAAGGAAUAAAAGCAGCAGGACGUAUCACUGUUCUUCUCAACAAAAAAUCUGCUAUAACAGAUCCGGAUAGGCCUGCCGUUGAAAACUUUAAAGGCACGGGUCAAGCUAGCCUACAAGACGUCGACUUUAAAUAUCCGACUCGCCCUUUGAUACAAGUACUAAAGAAGUUCAAUUUAGAGAUUGAAAGAGGUAAAACGUACGCUUUGGUGGGCGCUAGCGGUUGUGGGAAGAGCACUGUCAUACAACUUCUGCAGCGAUACUACGAUCCUGACGGUGGUAUAGUGGCAUAUGAUGGCAUACCGUUACCUAAAUUGCGACUAAAGGAGGCUCGACAACCAAUUGGUUUUGUACAACAGGAGCCUAUUCUGUUCGACAGGACUAUUGGAGAAAAUAUCGCAUACGGUGAUAACUCGCGGAAACCAAACAUGGAUGAAAUUAUUUCAGCAGCUAAGCAGGCUAAUAUUCACAAUUUUAUAGUAUCAUUGCCAAUGGGUUAUGAUACAAAUAUUGGUUCGAAAGGCACACAGCUGUCAGGUGGACAAAAACAGCGCGUGGCUAUUGCGCGAGCCCUGAUACGACGACCUAAGAUAUUAUUACUUGAUGAGGCAACCAGCGCUCUGGAUACUGAGAGUGAAAAGGUGGUACAAGAGGCUCUUGACGCGGCCAAAGCGGGUCGCACGUGCGUGAUGAUAGCUCACCGGCUGAGCACGGUGCGCGACGCGGACCUCAUCUGCGUGCUGCGCGACGGCGUCGUCGCAGAAAGUGGCACGCACAAGCAGCUCAUGCAUGCACAGGGACUCUACUACAACCUCAACAGACGAGGAUAUGCGUAGUUCAAUAUGUAUCCGCCUAAAUUAAGUUAUUGUAAA